AUGUUAUCUUAUGCAACGACUAUUGGUGCGGAUGAACAUACCGAUGUUAUUGAGAUAGUCAUUCCCAAGCUGGACGAGCGGGAGAUUGCCGAGUUCAAGGCUAAAGAAGAGGUGGAGCAGAGGGUGAUGCCUUCGUCAAAUGAGGAUUUGCAAAAUGGCGGCUAA